AUGGAUGACUCUCUCCUAGAUCAAAUGACCCAAGUGGUUGAGUUGCUUCCAAGGUACGAGAGCGCCGCUGACCCCGUAGGCUCCCGACGUGGCCGUCGACCGAAAUUAAAGAAGGAUCUUCAUUUGCGCGUGGAAUCAAAGAUCCUCACUUUGAGGGAACUUUAUUUGAGAGUUUACGACCUUUCUGGUAUUGUUACUCAUCCACGAAUCUGGACCUUACAGAGGCAAUCCAACUCAACCCCUCAGGUGAACCAUGGCACUCCUCCGGUUCCACGCCCGACUUCACAAGGCCGACUUAGACACCGACUGACAAGGGAACUUGAUCGAGACAUUGAUGAUUUAAUCUUGUCAUUUUCCCUCCUGAGCUUGGGUACUUAG